ACCCAAUUCAUGACGUUGUCCUCUCAUCAACUCAGCAAAACUACUCAAACAUUAACAAGAUUGGAAGAAUUAGUUGGUGUCUGAUUCGUUUUAGGUUUACUUUUUUCCCAGUUUUAAACAAAUAGGACAAAGGAGUGGAAUUUCCUUUCUGAGUCUAUCAAUUUCUCGCCUCAUCACCAUUUUUUCUCUUCCAUUGUCGAAUAUCUGCUGUUCAUCUUUGAUCUGUUCAAGAGGAAGUAAGAGUGGAAUUAAUGGAUAAAGUGAAGAGCUUCUUGGGGCAAAAGCCGAACCCUCAACAAUUAUUGAGGGAUUGGCAAAGGCGUCUUCGUCAAGAAGGUCGUAAUAUCGAGCGCCAAAUCCGAGAUAUUCAAAGGGAAGAGAAGAAUGUACAGAAGGCAAUUAGAGAAGCUGCGAAACGAAAUGAUAUGGGUUCAGCUAAGGCCCUUGCUAAGGAAAUUGUGAUGUCAAGGAAAACUGUCAAUCGUCUUUAUGAGAAUAAAGCUCAACUAAAUUCAAUAUCAAUGCACCUUGGAGAAAGUGUUGCUAUUGCUCGCACAGUGGGUCAUUUGCAAAAGAGUGCAGAGGUGAUGAAACUUGUAAACAACCUCAUGAAAGCUCCACAAAUUGCUGUUACAAUGCAGGAAUUCAGCAAAGAGAUGACCAAGGCUGGGAUAAUUGAAGAGUUUGUUAACGAGGCUCUUGAUGACGCACUUGAUUCCGAAGACGUAGAAGAGGAAACGGAGGAAGAGGUUGACAAGGUCUUAACAGAGUUGGCUAGCGAGACUGCUGCACAGCUUCCUAUUGCAGCAAGGAAGGAAAAGGCCAAGGUACCCGCACAAAGCACGAGUGUACAAGAUGAGGAAUCAAUAGCUGAAGGUGUAGAUGAUGAGGAAGAAAUGGAGGAGAUACGAGCACGGUUAGCCAAAGUUAGAUCAUAAGAUGCCAAUUCAUGUCAUCAACUUGUACUCGUCUCCAGAUCAGCUUGUAGUCCAGUAUAAAAUACGUAAAGAUACGAUUGCAAGGAUGGGCAAGUAUAGUGUACUCCUAUGAGCUUCAAAACGUGUAAUCUUAUUUCAGAUACUUGAUCUGUAACUCGAUUUUUUCUUGUGUGUGCUAACGUUAUGAAAUAUAUAAGCUAAUAGGCUCUCCAUAUCGGAACUAUACAGCGCCUGUGUAAUCAUGUGUUAUAAAUAGUACAAAAUCAAUUUUUUGCUGAAUUGAUUCAUUCUCGUGCUAAAGCUCAGUCUAUUCAGCUAUUAUGAA